UCUCCAUAACUCCACCCCUUUUUAUAUCCAAUCCAUUGUGUGUUUCUUGCCACAUCAGCUUAAUAUGGAGAAUUCUAACAAUUCUUCUUCUCCAAAGUAUUUGAAGACUAGUCCACUCACUACUCUGCACUCAACUGUUAAAGGAGUAAGAAAAUGCAUUCAACCCCAACAGUCAUUCAAACUUCAAUCAAAGGUAAGAUUUUAAUAAAAUCAAAGCAGUUUCAUUAAUUUUUAGUCCUUUCCUCAUGGAUGUUUCCACAGUCUGAAGGACAACAAGAAGAGAGAAUCCAUGAUAAAUUCAAGGCUACGCAGAAACUUCUCAUUAAAGAACAAACUAAGCCAUUGGAAAUCAUGCUUCAUACCCAACUGGGAGCAGUCAAGCAUCCAGGAUUCAAUUAUAUGCAUAUGGUUGCCAGAAAGAUGUAUCUCCUAGAACAGCAGAAACAACUAGAAAAGAGGGUGCAAAAGAUGAUAGAAGAAGAAGAGGUUAGGAUGUCGAGAAAGGAAAUGAUCCCAAGAGCCCAAUCGAUGCCUUUCUUUGAUAGGUCCUUCUUUCCUCAAAGGUCAACUGGGCCUCUGACUGUUCCUAAGGAACCAAGUUUUCAUAUCCUGAACAGAAAAUGCUGGAGCUGCCUCUCUAAAAAUGAACUCGACGGUUUUGAAACACUAAGAAGCAAGCUAUAAAGCAUCCAUAUUAGCAAAUGUAAUGAGGAAACAAGAAAUAUAGAACCCAAUUCUCAAAUGUGGUACUUUUGUAGACUUUGGGCUGUGGAGAGAAAUGAGUGUUUGUUGAAUUCUUGAAUGUAGUACUUUUAUAGACUUUGGCAGUGAAGAAAGUCGAGUAUUGUACGCUUAUGGAUUUAAGGAGUAGAUAUGUUUACAAUAUUAAUUAAUAUGAUUCAAAACUCGUUCGAGUGA